UUUACUGAGUAAAUAUUUUUUUUUCUAAAUUGCAGUUUAUCGAAGUUUCAUCAAAUUGUAUGCGUUUGUGAUUAUUUCCUUGCUAUCAUCAAGAGGUUUUUAGUUCACGUGCAAUAAUGGUUCAUAAAUAUGGCCCUGAGACCAGCCAUGAGGAGCGCGCCAACCGCCGCAUGCAGAUCGUAUACGCGGGCAAGAUGCGCGAGCGACAAAUAUUCAUGGAAGAGCUCAAAGAAUACCGAAAACAGAAGGACAAAAUUGUAUUUAACAACAUCAAAAAGUCCAUCGGCCCCAUCUGGUACCAGGCUCUUAGUGUACCUCAAAGAACAGCUUUAGACGCCUUAGAGUUUUCAAUCUAUCAAGAUCUAUUAGAAGGACGUCCUGUACGAACAGCUAAAUUGAUGCGUGAGUUGGGCCUGUACCCUCGACCCAAUAACAUUGACCUUAUGAAUUGCCUCUAUUUAGGCCGUGACGAUCCUAAAGUCAUGCUCGCCCAGCUGUUUGCGAUGACGUAUGGCCACAACAUCGACGGUAAACGAGGCUCUUACUGUUUAAACGCCAGGCUUAUGCUGUCAGGUAUCCUGUAUUUAGGGCUUGACAAUUUGAUCACUUUGCUUAAAGAAAGAUUUCGUCCUGACCAACAAGAGAAACCGAAAGCUCCAAAACCCAAACCUAAACCGGAACCACCACUAGCCUCGCCAUAUUUGCAAAAGAUGAUUGCAGUUUUGUAUGAGCCCCCCACGAAGAAGCGACCUCGCCCGGCGCCUUUACCAAAUUUGGACGACCUGAACGAACCUUAUGAGGAAGAACCACCGAUCCCGAAGCCGCCUCCACCCCCGCCACCACCACCGCCUCCGAAGAAAAGGUUGCCACGAUCAUACUGCGACAAACUUGCUGGGGUCAUGAAUAUUGAACCCUACUCAUCCAUCACCACUCUCGCAAUGAAAACAGUGACUAGAACGAGCCAUCGCCGAAUGAGAGGUUCAAAGCUAUGUGUCACCGAAGUAAAAAAGACUUACGGCAUCAGUGUGACUAAUCGCAAAAAGUCCGUGCGCCGAAGAAAACCUGUAGCUCCUAGCACUGGCAUGUGGAACUCGCAGUAUGUGAUCACUGGUGUCUAUCAAGUACUAGGCAAGUCAGUGUUUGUACUUGGCAGUGUGUCUAUAUUGCCCCCGAUUGGCGAACUCAUACAUGGAGGGUACAGAUACUUGAACGGCGAAUACAUCAACAUUCACUGCGGUUUCCGCGCCAGACCGCCGCCGCCGAAACCCGAUCCUUGCGAUUGCGUAAAGAAAUGGCAAGACCAAGUUUUCGAGUAUGUAAAAGGUAGCAAAUGUUAUUGCGAGCACUUUUACGACUAUGGAAAUGAAGGCACAUUCCCGAUCGAUGAUUUACAGUUUUUCCAAAAGCCAACAAAACACAUGCCCUUCAAAUUCAAUUACGAAACGAUAUACGACUUAGACCAAAAGCGGUUGCACGUUGAAAGGGAAUUCAAAAAGUUAUGGGACACUGACAGCAUGCUACAUGUGGAUGAUGGCACAGUUAAAGAUAAGAAAGAUAAAAAGAAGAAAAAAACUAAACGUUCCUCAACAACAUGUUUGGGUCAAAACCCUAAACCCGAAGAUUAUUUGAAAUGUGCUCUGAGGCUGAUGAGGCGCGUGAAUGUAGCAGCGCGGCUGCCAGAUAUUCAUCUAGUGCCAGAGUUAAAAGAAUGGAUGCGGCAACGAAUAAACGGCCCGUACACUGUAAGUCAAAAGUCAGAAAUGAUACGCAAGAGCACAAUGUACUGGCAGAUGUUCCAGUUGCUGGACUCAAAGGGCUACGGCCAUGUAUCUCCGCCUAAAGACCCGACAUAUUCCGGACACACGACCUGGGUGCACAAACUCGAUUUAAAUGAGAAAUUCAAAAAGUACACGUACAAAUACAGAUUAGCGUUAUUUAGAUCGCUAGCAAGAGUAAAUAAUUUGAUGUGGCCUACCAUGUACCAAGCUCAGUUCCCCGACAAAAAGUUCCGUGAGAUAUAUUUUUCAUAUUUAUUCGGACGCAUAGAAGACUUGCAAAUUAUGCACCCGUACAGUACCAAAGAAACAGCAGAACGCAAAUUUAAUUUGGCCAGAAAAAGGUAUUGUUGUUUGCCAGCUGGAAUCGAACCUCAAGAAUGA